CCGCCAGUGAUUGGUUGAGAAUGUACAGCGGAGGCUCUGAUUGGCCAAAUUUCACAUACACAGUGAGCGGAUGUAGAUGGGCGUGUCCAACGUGCUGCCAUGAGCGCAUAGUCCACCAUGGAGCCUCCAUUGUUUCCAAGGCAGUCGGGCCAGUUUGUAGCAGAGCGCAGUCAGGAUGUGUUUGUGGAGGAUGAAGGCAUCCAGAAGGUGGCCGAGAUGCUCUACGCUCUGCGGAACAGUGACGAGCUGACUGCCAAUGGCUGGAAGAAGGCCAACCCUCUGGCCCCUGCAGCCACCUCUGACCAGGCUUUCAAUUGGGUGUUUGUGGUGGACACUUUGAACUUCUCCUUCUGGCCCGAGAAGGACACGCAGCAGUGCGAGGUGACUUUUAAAGGCACCACAUACACGGGUUACAUGACCCUGUGUGCCGCCAUCGCCAGGGCCAUGGAUGAAGGGGUGCCCAUCACGGAUCCCAAGUUCUUCUCUCAGAUGAGCGUAGAGGAGUUGGCGCACGUUCUCCGCUCGGACAACGCAACGCCCAUGCCGAUGCUUCGCGAGCGUCACCAGGUGCUGACGGAAGGCGGCCGCGUGCUUUUGGAACACGGCGGAAGCUUCCGCAGUUUCAUCAGCCCAGCUGGGGCCGACGCCCGGAAGAUGGUGGAGCUCAUUGUGGACAAGAUUCCUUCGUACAGAGACGAAGCUACCUAUGAGGGUAAGAGAAUCGCAUUCUACAAGCGAGCUCAGAUCCUGGUGGCCGACUUCUGGGGCAUCAUGGCAGCCCGGGGCGAGGCGGACAUCUCCAACAUGGACUGGCUCACCAUGUUCGCUGACUACAGGAUCCCUCAGGCCCUCGUCUACUUCGGCGCCCUGCGGUACUCCGACGCUCUUCUGGGCAUGCUCCACAAUGGCGAGCUGCUGCCUUCAGGCGACAGGAGAGAGGUGGAGAUCCGAGCGUGUUCCAUCUGGGCGGUGGAGCGCAUCAGGACGCGUCUGAGCGAGCUGCUGCAAGAACGGGACGGCAGGAGCAGCGCCGGCAUCAACUCUGCCAUCAUCGACUUCUACCUGUGGCCGUACGCCAAGCAGCACCACGAAGAGAUGGCCCACAUCCCCAUACACCACACACGCUCCGUCUACUACUGACAAGAUGGCAGUGCCUUCUAAACUGGGGGUUCUUAACCUUUUUUCUUUUUGACCUCGGAAGCCAACUUUUCCACUCCUUAAAUAUUAACACUGAAUUAGUAAUGUACUAUUGAUUUUGAUCAUAUUCAAUAAUUACAUCUAACCUUACAGUUUAAUAGGAUAAACCUUGUCAAAUGAUAUGAAACCAGGUUGAUUAGAAAAAAAAUAGUGCAUAAGUAGGGGCUCAUAAAUAACUCGUGAAAAAUGUAAUUCACAUACAAUUAUGAGCUUGAUGAAUGAAUGUUUCUUAACAAAAAUGUCAAAAUAAAAGUGCAAAUGAAAAUACAGCUUUAUCACUCAGUCAUAAUUUUUGCGCUUACCAAACUUCUUUGACUUUCGCUCCAGUGUGUCAAUACUGCCACAAGUGGUGGAAAAGUAUAUUACAACUGAGUACCGCUGCGGCCCAGAUGCAGACCAACAAUGGGUCCUAUGGUUAAACACUGUUCUAAGCCACCAAGACACGUCAUAAAUGUAUGUGCCAGCAUUUGGACCAUCGUGGCAUACUAUAUUACACUGAAGCACAUCACAUAUUUCAUGUCUAGUCUUUGACUAGAGAUAAAUACAUUUGUGAAGAAUUCAAAUUUAAAUGGAAUGUAGUGGAAUAUCCCAUCAGAAUUAGAAUUUGUAAAAUAUUGUUUUAAGGUUAGAAAAAUAAUUACAUGUAAAAAAAAAAAAAUGUAUACCAAAUGUUCCAUCUUUAAGAUCGAUACAUUGAAUUUAUAUUUUACUUACUAUAUACACUUCAUUUUUUUAAUGAAGUAUUAACACUUGUAAUUUUUCUCAUUUUUAGACAUUCAAUACAAUGUUAAUAGAGUGGAAAAAAAUACAAUUUCAAGUGUAGACUGAAGUCCCUCAAAAUGUUUAUUUCUUUAUGAAUUACAACAUUUUAAAUUUAUCUGUACUUUUCAUCUUAGCUGUACUGCAAUAUUAAUUGAUAUUUACUGUAUUUUUCGGAGUACAAGUCGCUCC